ACCAGUCUGUUCGACUGCAUGAAGCUGGCGGCUGAGCGGGACAGCAACUUUGAAUUCUCGGCCACAGUCUGGCCCAACGGCCACUACAUUCACACCAUCGGUGGUUACCACGAGCAGAAGGUCGGCUACCUGUUCUGGCUGCUGUACAAGCUCUCGGCACCGCCGGACAAGCUCAGCAAGCCUGCCAACACCGCCCUGUCCGCAACAGGAGUCGACGAUGUCUAUCCGGAGAAUGGAGACCACAUCUUGUUCUGGUACAAGAAGAUAUAACAAACCAAGCUUCCAUUGAGCGGCAUGGGAGAUGUCGUGGACGCCGUAAACGGCCAAGCACGUGCUGCCAUCUGGCAUCAGGAGAAGGAGUCUCAUAGGCUCGUUCCGACUUCCAGUCCGCAGCUUCAGGCUGUGCCCGUUUAUGUAAUGGUCAACACGGGCAGACAAGUUUCGUGCUCCGUGGCGCGCAACAGAUCAGCGGUGCUCGCCAGUGCUCCGUGUUCUCGAUGUUACUGGAAUUUGUGAAUUAUAGAUGUAAGGUAAUGCGAUAGACGGAUCAUUUUUUUCGCGAGUGCUCGCGAGUGCGAGUGCUUGACGUCGUGAGUGCUGCCAUUUGAACGCCGUCGUAACGUGGUUUCACUUAACAUGCUUUGUUCCCUCGAGGUGGUAUCGUUUGUUUUUGCGGCCAGAAAUUAAUUGCAGGCUGGUAAAGGGAGACACUUUUCUGACUGAGUUUAAGAGAACAUGAUGUUUUCCUUCCACUGGUGCAGUGUACGACCACUUUGCACUACCUUGGGUUCUGAAGAACAAUGCCAGGACAAUUUUUUUUGUCACACUUAUAGAUAUCCAGAUUCUUAAAACGCAUGCAGCGUUUUUCAAGUGGCAAUUGCGCAAACACAACUGUCAAUCAUUCCGUAAUUUGCUGACAGAUGAACUGAUGGUUGAAAUUGAGCAAUAAUUGCUGUCGGGUUGGCAUUAGUGGCAUAUUUUAGGUACGUGGAUUCACUAAUUCAAUAUUAUUGCGUUCUCAGCAUUGCAACGGAAGGUGUAGCUUACGGUUUGCUCUUUCCUUUACUCUCAUGUUUCGGAAUGGCAGUGAAACUUCUACACGAACAUUCGGCUGCGUGUGCCUGUUCGGUAAUUCAAGAAAAAGGCGCUGUCGUAUCAUGUUUGAUAUUUUAUUGUGCGGUUAUUCAUAUCACCACUUUAUGGUCCAGUGCGCCACAUAUAAGGACAUCUUUGUUCGGUGACACAACUCAUGUGGCCAAGCCACGGUCCAGGCCGCGAGGUCUUCAAGUACCUAGGGAAAUGUUCCGGCGCAAGCUUUGAUACACGGCCUCCUCGAUCAUUGGCAGUGUUUUACAACACCACACGCAGGUUCACAGUGGCGACCACGCAAUGUACUGUGGUCGCUCAUGCACUCUAGCCGCUUGAAAUAAGCCGGGAAUUGAAAGCAAAACAGAGCUGAAAUAAAAUGUUUCUUUUUAAAUAUGGUGACGAUAUCGUUAUUUAAAAUAGCGAUACGUCAUUUCUUUUAAAUAUCAUAUCACACGCCAGCAUCUGCUGGUAAAGACGUGCCCAUGCAACGGCAUUGCCUUGCCGAGGUUGCAGCGUGAGGGCUUCCGUGGCAAUUCACGCUUACCAAGGGCCUUGAUCACAGAACACUUCCGGCAUGAUAUACCAGAUUUCAAAAUGACUUUUUAACACAUAAAUCUGGAGCAGGAGCUAACGCGAAAUUUUUACUGAGUAUGGACCUCGUCUUUUAGUUUUGUGAGACAUCGGAGUAGGGUGGUCCAAGGUGGGUUUCUGACUUCGAACUGUAUUGGGGAGCCGUGCGAGUGAGCAUUGAGUUGUGUCUGUGCCGUUCACUUGAGCGCACAGACACACUGUCACCAUCCCACCGAAAUAUUCAGUUAGGCCCUGAAGUCGGGCUACCGGACGGUCAGCCAACAUGCCGAGGCCCUGGAACAGCUGCGCUCCAGCACGGCGAGUCGGCGCAACAUGGCGUCGACGUGCUGUUAAGCACCAAACUAUCAGCGUGGCGCGUAAAGGGUAUUGUGGGGCUCCCGCGAGGAUGGGUCAGUGCGUUUGAUAGCCCACACCCAGGCGCUGUUCGGGAGACAUUGGUCGGCCGUCAGCCGCAUCAAUCUCGUUGUCAGCGGUGGGUGCAUUGUCGUAAACGGUCUGUCCUGCUGGGUGUGGCGAGGCAGGAAAGCCAGUGUACUGUGUAGAGUGCGAGAGGGACUUCAGGUGUGUUCGACGGUGUCAACUCACUGUUCCACUCUGGUUUGGUGUUAGUACUGUCAAUACAGCUAACUUUGGUUUUGA